AUGACAUUCAGGUCAAAGAAGGACCGGGAUGAUACGGGAGUAGAUGCCAUCUGCAGCUACAGAGAUGAGCCUUCAGGUCCCAAGUUCAGCAGAGAGACAAUUUACUGCGAACUGAGCAAUAUGACAAAUGGCAUCACCGAGCUGGGACACUACAGCCUUAACAGCCAGAGCCUCUACGUUAACGAUUACAACGAACCACACAGUCUGUCAGCAGGGAAGUCAACCCCCACCCAAAGCCCAGGACCAAAACCAGAGCAAUUCACACUCAACUUCACAAUAACCAACCUCAGGUUCACGACAGACCUGGGGACACCAAGUUCUGCUAGAUUCAAUUCUACUAAGAAAAUAAUGCAACAUUACAUUCAGCCCCUGCUUCAGAAGAGCAGCAUCGGCCCCCGUUUCACUGGCUGCAAAGUGAUAGGAUUCAGGUCAGUGAGGAACGGGGAUAACACAGGAGUAGACGCCAUCUGCAACUAUGGAAACGGCUCCCAAGUGCCCAAGUUUGACCAAGCUGAGGUUUACCAAGAGCUAAGGAGCAUGACAAAUGGCAUCACCCAGUUAGGAAUCUAUGACCUGGACAACAAGAGCCUCUAUAUCAAUGGUUACAACGAACCACUUGAGAGAUCAUCUCUGAGCAUAACUACCGCACCAAGCCCAACAUCCAGGCAUUUCACACUGAAUUUCACCUUGACCAACCUCCGCUACACUGCGGAUCUGGAGACACCAAGUUCCCGCAAAUUCAUUUCCACAGUGAAAAUUAUCAACCAUUACAUUGACCCUCUUUUCAAAAGCAGCAGCAUAAGCUCUGCCUACACAGGAUGCAAAGUGAUGAGAUUUCGGUCUGGGAGAGACAGGGAUAACACAGGCGUAGACGCUGUCUGCAGCUACAAAACCAAUGACAGCCUUGCCACGUUUGACAGAGAAAAGGUUCAUCAGGAGCUGAGCACCAUGACAAACGGUGUCACCAAACUAGGGCACUACAGCCUGGAGAGGAACAGCCUGUACGUCAACGGUUUCCCCCUCACAGACACAGCUAACACCAGAAAGCCUGUUGUGACUGAAGCUCCAGCCAAACUGGGCUACAGACUGAGCUUUAGGAUAGUCAAUGAAAAUCUAACUAACCCAGACCCACAGUCUCCGGAGUACAAAGCAGCAGUGGAAAGCAUCGGUAACAAGAUGAAUCAACUGUACCGUCAGAGCAACCUGCGAGACCAGUUCCUGAACUGCAGUAUCACCGGGCUGAGGAGGGGAUCCAUAGUGGUCGACUGCAACUGCUUCUUCCAGCCAGAGCCCAGCAUCAACAGGGCCGUGGUUGAAAGGACUUUUCAAGACGGGACUUCAAAUGCAACGGGACUAUGGCUGGGAAGCAGUUACCAGCUGCAAGGAUUCGCAGUAGACGGCUUGGAACUAGCGAUUGAGGCAGCAACUCACAAAACACCCCUCAAGUCUGGGAAAGAAAACUUCAGAUUAAACUUCAGAAUCUCCAACCUGCCCUACUCCCCAGAGCUGCAGGACUCCGGGUCACCGAUGUACCGAGAGCACAAAGAGAAAAUUGAGAAAGGGCUUGACGUAUUCCGAACUAGCAGCCUGAAGGACUACUUCGCUGGGUGUACUGUUGAGAGCUUUGGGCCUGUCCGUGGGAAAGCUUACACAAGUGUCACCUCCACCUGCAAAUUCACACUGGACCCCUUCUUGAGGAUUUUACAAAAGCAAGAGGUGUACGAGGAGCUGAAACGCCUGACGCACGGGUUCACCAAGCUGGGCCCCAGCUACGAGCUGGAAGAGCAGAGCCUGGUUGUUGAAGGUUACUCUCCAGUCGAGACAGAUGAACAGGAGUCCGGAAGAUCUGAGCUUCAGUUCUGGGCAAUUAUCCUCAUCUGCGUUUUCACCCUGAUUGGUUUCAUUCUCCUCCUCUUGUUAUGCUUCCUGAUCAUCUUUUGCCUAAGAAGAAAGUCGCAUCUAUAUCAGGUUCAACAAGGCAUGUACGGGGUGUACUUCCCGCACCUGAACACCAGAAAAGUGCAUUAA